CAAACUCGAAGCCUCUGCUGAUGAAAUUUGACGGUGCCGAGAUGUUCCCAGUGAUUCCCAGCCAUCGCCUUUGCCGGGGUUGUCUUCAGAGGAGCGUCUUCCUGAGCCCCCCACUGCUGACCAGACGGCACUUCAGACAUGUGCACAUCAGGGUUGGAGACCGGGCUGAACUCAGCAGGGCGUUCACACACAGGGACGUGAUGACCUUCUCAGAAUUAACAGGGGAUGUCAACCCUCUGCAUAUAAGUGAAGAUUUUGCACAACACACCAAGUUUGGAAAGACCAUUGUACAUGGAGUUUUGAUCAAUGGACUUAUCUCAGCUCUCCUGGGUACUAAAAUGCCAGGGCCAGGUUGUGUAUUUCUUUCCCAGGAAAUUAACUUUCCAGCCCCUCUGUAUAUUGGAGAGGUUGUCUUAGCUUCUGCAGAAGUGAAAAGGCUGAAGCGGUUCAUGGCUUAUAUCACAGUGUCAUGUUCUGUACCAGAAAGUAGAAAGACUGUUAUGGAAGGCUGGGUUAAAGUUAUGGUUCCAGAUGCUGCCAGAUCCUGACUAUGUGACUAAAGAUGCACGUUCAGACACCUGUGCUAUUACCAGGGGUCACCAGGAAAGGGAUACUUGUUCUUCACUGAGGAAUGCCUGAGGGGCCCAGAAGCCCCUCGUUAGGGAAGGGAGCGAGCAAGUCAGAGGUGUUCACAAGGGCUGAUUUUUCAGUUUUUGGCCUUGCGUGUCCUAUAGAUUUGAAUAUAUGCGUGAUUCCGCCAUCUGUCUAGGUUUU